AUGAUUGUUUGCGCCAGAAAAACAGAUACAUAUGGGCACAAAUUUAUUUUUGUAUACCCACCAAAUAAUAGUGGAUCUAGCGGAAUGAAUGCUACAUUAAGCGUUAUCAAUCCGGACACAAAACAACAAGCUAAUGUUACUAUUGAAUAUCCGGAAUUUGAUAUCACUGGUGAUAAUAUCACAGUAAUACGACGUACUGCAACUUUACUUGUCAAAGUCUUGAGCAGAGAUCUGUUUAAUUUUCGUGAAUCGGUGAUUCUGGACCAUCUUACCGACGGUUUGCAUUCAUACUUAGAUGCUCGAAUCGUUGUUCAAUCUACAAUUCCAAUCACUCUUAUAGCACAUAAUGUAGAUGUUAGCGGCGCACAAGACAGUUUCCUUGUACUACCAACAUCGAUGGCCGGAAAUCACUACGCAUUUGCACUUCCAGCAUCAUCCUUAUCCGGUUCAAUAACUGUUUAUUUUUUGCCAGUAAAAGCUAAACAACCUAAACAAUAUAUUACAAUUAAAUUGAUUCGUGAAUCAUUAUUUUCCUCAUACAAAUAUGCUGUACAGGCAGGUAAAAUGCUUGUAUUCAGUUUAUCGAGAGAAAGUGCUACGUUUUGGGCGUACAGUAAUUUCACAUUCGUCAUCGUUGCAGCCGUACGUGGAUUACCAACACUGGAAAAAUCAAGUGUAUUUGAUUUUGGCUGUUUUAUGCCAAGUUCAAUGCCAAUGAUGGAUUGCCAAAAAUUAUCGGUGAAAGAUAAUCAUUUGAUACCAUUGCUUACCGGAAAACAUCAUUUGUUAACACCAUCAUCCUCUGACUGUGAAUCAGUCGAAAUUUCAAUUCAUGGUUCGAAUAAAGUUGUCAAGACGAAGCGUUUGAUAUCCACUCUCAUUCAAAAUUCUAAUCUGAUGAUAUUUGAUAACUAUGGAAAUAUGGCUGCGACAAGUACUUCGAUAAUGUUAAAUGUUAUUCGUUACGGCGGUUACAAUGUUGGAGCAUUAAACUACGAGGAAGGUGGAUAUUUGCAUGAAAUACCAGCCAUUUCACAAUUCAUCACCGGUAUGAUUCCAGUUAUCGUACCCAGCGAUAGCAAUAAAGUUACUGUGAUAGCGGAUUAUCAAGCAGUGUCAAGUGCUUUUUUUGAUGGUGAAAUUAGCUUAUCAUUUGCUACUCUACCAUUCUUAAAUGGUUCAUUGUAUUAUGCAUCCGGUACCAUAUCCUCUGGUUUCCAUUUCUUCUAUGCUGAUGGCCUGUACAUUAUUUUUAUCAGCGGUCGCACAAAUAAUAGCGCUUAUGGAUUUGUUCCUGCUUUUAACAGUAAAUAUUCAUUAUUUAUUUUGAUUUGUUAUACCUGUGGCAAUUCCAGAUUUAACUGA